GUUGGCUUAAAGCUUAUUGGAAUCUAGGAAUGUCCAGAAGAUAAGCAGUGGUAGUUCUUUUUGCAAUAUGGUCGGUCUUGACAAUAAUUCCAGUGUUUUUUUCCAAACAAUAGUGUUCAUGGUGAACCAAAGUAUUAUACAGCAGGAGAGUUCUUAUAAUUAUUAUUAUAUGCAAAUUGGGAAAGAAUCAAAUGCAUCGAAAUGUUAUGGAACAUAUGGUUGUUACCAAUUAUCACCUCCUUGGACCUCAGAAAAUCGACCGGUUUCUCUGUUUCCCGAAGAAUUACAUGAGAUAGAACCAAAGUAUUUCCUGUAUACCAGACAAAACCCUGUCAAACCACGUCUCUUGGAUAUUGGUGAAUUCGAAUACUUGGACUAUAACGAAGUAUCAGACUUUGAUGCUGAGAAUCCUAUUUAUUUAAUCACACACGGCUAUAUGGAAGGUGGAUCCAUAGACUGGAUAUACAGUAUUACCCAAACUCUGUUAGCACAAGAAGAUUGCAACGUCAUAAUAAUCGACUGGCAAAGGGGCUCUCGACCCCCUUAUACCCAAGCAGUAGCCAACAUAAGGCUAGUAGGAGCCAUAACAGCAUAUCUGUUGAACGAUAUAGCUCGACUUACUGGAGACCUAAAGCUAGACCACGUGCAUGCGAUUGGACACUCUCUUGGGGCACACAUGUGUGGAUACAUAGGAUAUACAUUACAAAAGGAAUUCAAUCUAACCCUUGGUCGCAUCACGGGACUGGACCCAGCAGAGCCUCACUUCUCGAAAGCAAAACCUCCCGUGAGGCUGGACAGAUCAGCAGCGAAAUACGUGGAUAUUAUUCAUACUGAUGCGAGUCAGUUCAUCCGAGGAGGCUUAGGAAUGCUCGAAAGCAUAGGACACGUCGAUUACUAUCCCAAUGGAGGCACGGAUCAACCUGGCUGCACUGACGGUGUUGUACAAUACAUCAAAGAGGCUAACGGCAGUUUCUUCUAUGGUGUCAAGAAAUAUUUGAGCUGUAAUCAUAUGAGAAGCCAUCAACUUUUCCUGGAAAGUCUGACUGUGAAUCCGAAGUGUCAAUUCAUGACAGUAGAAUGUUCCUCCUUUCAGGAUUUCACAAACGGAAACUGUUUUGAUUGCAUCAAGAACAAAGAGAGGUGUCUUCCGUUUGGUUUCCAUGGAAGAAAGUACUACGAAAGCCAACUGGGUGAUCGGUGGAAACAUACAAGCAGAGUACAGUAUUUGAUCACUGGAAAUACAAAGCCUUUCUGCAAAAGCCACUACAGAAUAACAGCGCAGAUAUCCGACUCUAACCAUAGCAAAAUACAUGGAGGGGAAAUCGGCCAAUUAGUUUUCACCAUGCAUAGUACAAGCGAUGGUAAAGGUCAGAAGUCUGCGCCUGUUGGGUUCAUCAAUGGAUUUUAUGAACCGGGGGGUUUGUACAGGGGAGUAAUCGCUACAGACGGAAUCCCGAAUUUGAAAGCGGUUGAAAUAGAAUGGAAAUAUGACAGCAGUUUGUUCAAUCCGUUAACGUGGAGACUUUUAACUGCUCCGCGGAUAUAUUUGAAGAGGGUUCUAGUAGAGGCCCUGGAAAUCGAUAAAAGGAUAUCCGUAUGCCCGAAGGGGGAAAAGCCGUUGAUAAGUGGCAUUCCACAGUUGAUGAUUUCCUCAUACUGUUGAGUUUUUGCAUCUAAAAACAUUGAAUCAUUUGUGUACAUACUUGAAUGUAGGUUCAUUUAAUUUAUCAUUCAUUAUUUAUUUACAUCCUUCAGCAAUGCAAUAUUAAAUUGUAUUUAAUUAGUAAA